UGCCAGUGCUAACCUCAUAUCUACCACAGUCACCGUGGGCAUGAACACCAGUGGCCUGUCGGUCAAUGGACCGGCAGUUGUGCCUAACUCAACACAGGCCACGAAGAUUAGCAGGGUUCUCGCCGCCUAUCACGGUGUAGUACCUCAGAGCAAGCAUACGGUUGUUGUCGGGAUGCACGCAGACCGGAAUGAUCAAAAUAAGGCUGCCGCGGUGUUCCGCACGGCAAGAGAGACGGUUCAAACUGAGAAGUACGGUCCGAAUUCCUUCAUUCAACAGUUCAUCCCCGGCAAGGUGAGCAGCGAGAACUUCCUCGUUCAACAAACCAACUUCAGUAUCGAAGCAAAGGCGAGGGAGCUUCAACCACCAAACGAGACACAGGCUCAGACCGAUACCCGCACGGCGGAGCGCCAGGCCUUCCUCGAUGCAAUGGCAUCGGGGGAAAGGCUCUGGGUGAACACAUACGAGUUGGAAUACCGAAAAACUGUCGACGCGCUCCCGGCCGCCAGGGGUCUUGAGAGGAAACGCCUAACCCGAAAGGCUGAACUCUAUCAUAGGAUGAAAGAUAACCCUCCACGAUGCGCAGUCGACCUGAACACACUACACUCACGGCAGCAGUGUGACCAGGCCAAGAUGAUCCCGCUCGGCCUGCGAAAUUGGGAACUUAUCCUGGACUUCUGGCAAGCGACCAUCACCGACGACAUACUCACAUCACAUCUUGAGAAAGCUUCUAACGUGGUUGACAUCCGGUAAGUACUCUACUUUGUGACCCAUGCAUGCGAACUUCUUCCACAUCACUAACUGCUGACAGAAGAAUGCUUGAGAGAAACAACGUACCAGAUUUCAAAGACAUGCAAGGCAAUCUCUGGAUCAACGCUUGUGCGUUGAUCGACCUGCAUAUCGUUGGACCUAACCAGUCCAAGAGGCGGGAAAUGCUACUUGACGACUGAUCGCGCCGCAUGGCGGCCUAUGAUCUCGGAUCCUAGUCAGACAAGAAGUCCACCUAU